UCUCUCCUCGCCCACCUCCGCCGGGAGCGAGCGCCGCGGCUGUGCGGAAAAGCCAUGGGAGGCAAGACCUCGGCACCUGUUCAGCUGAAAUCAAGGGCUUACAGUAUACUGGGCGGUCUGGCUUGGUGGUAGGAGCGAGCGAAAGGAAGGAGAAGCAAGCGAGAGAAAGUGAGAGAGGAUUGGAGCGACUGCCGCUGCCGGGGAAAAAAAAAAAAUAAAAUAAAAACCCAAGGAAGAUAACUGGGAAGGAAAAGGAUUUUCAUGGCGCAGGCUGCAGAGCUAAGCAAGAAGACUGAAGGUUGCAUCUCUGCUCUUACAGUCUCUAACUGUCUAGGUCCAGAUAAUGAGAGAUUGUGUUGAGGAUGCUGCUGCUGCUCCCCUGUUCACUGUGGAAGCCAUCUCCAAAUUAGCCAUUACAUAUGGAAACUGGAGACCAGAAUUUUAGAAAAAGGGAUUAAGGCAUCUCGUUUUGGGGGGGGUUCUCUCUUUAUUUGUUUGGUUUUUCUUGGUUCUUUUCUCUCUUUUUUUUUUCUUUUUCCUUUUUCCUUUUUUUAUAUUUCAACCAGAACGUUUCCGAUUUAAAAGGCAAGCCUCUUCCCGUGUGGUCUUUCUAAUUUACACUCUUUUCCUUGGGCUUUCUUACCUCCCUUUUUUGAUAUCUAUCUCUCUAUAUAUACCCAUUAUAUUAUUAGUCGGAAUUAUUAUUCUUUUAUUUUAUUAAACACACACACCCCAAGAAUCAGAAGGCGGUUGGGUAUUUGUAUAAUGAAGAAUUAUGGGGCUCUUUGACAGAGGUGUUCAGAUGCUUUUAACCACCGUUGGUGCUUUCGCUGCCUUCAGCCUGAUGACCAUAGCUGUGGGGACCGACUACUGGCUUUACUCCAGAGGGGUUUGCAAGACUAAAACUGUCAGUGAGAACGAAACCAGCAAAAAGAACGAGGAAGUCAUGACCCAUUCUGGAUUAUGGAGAACCUGCUGCCUGGAAGGGAAUUUUAAAGGUCUGUGUAAGCAAAUCGAUCACUUCCCUGAGGAUGCAGAUUAUGAAGCCGAUACAGCAGAAUAUUUCCUCCGGGCUGUUAGAGCCUCUAGUAUUUUCCCGAUCCUGAGCGUGAUUCUGCUUUUCAUGGGUGGACUCUGCAUUGCAGCCAGCGAGUUCUACAAAACCCGACACAACAUCAUCCUUAGUGCCGGCAUCUUCUUCGUGUCUGCAGGUCUGAGUAAUAUAAUUGGCAUCAUCGUAUACAUAUCAGCCAACGCUGGAGACCCCUCCAAGAGUGACUCCAAGAAGAACAGCUACUCCUACGGCUGGUCCUUCUACUUUGGGGCCCUGUCCUUCAUUAUAGCUGAGAUGGUGGGAGUGCUGGCCGUCCACAUGUUCAUAGACCGGCACAAACAGCUGCGCGCCAAUGCUCGUGCCACGGACUACCUCCAGUCCUCCGCCAUCACCCGCAUCCCCAGCUAUCGGUACCGCUAUCAGAGACGCAGCCGCUCCAGCUCCCGCUCCACCGAGCCUUCACACUCCAGGGAUGCCUCUCCCGUCGGGAUCAAAGGGUUCAACACCCUCCCAUCAACAGAGAUCUCGAUGUACACCCUGACCAGGGACCCGCUGAAGGCAACCACCACCCCCACCGCCACCUACAACUCCGACAGGGAUAACAGUUUCCUCCAGGUUCACAACUGUAUCCAGAAAGAGAACAAGGACUCUAUCCACACCAACACAGCCAACCGCCGGACCACCCCGGUAUGAAGCCGUCACCAGGAGCUGAAAAUGGGGCAGGAGUGGGCAGGAGGAGAUGGGGAGGG